AUGGGUGUCACACAGUCAUCUGCAAAGGCAGCAUACAUUAGUGAUAAGACUCGCUCACAAAAGGCAUAUACACCUGAAGUAUUCAAGCACUUGCAGGAAGCAAACAAGAAUGAACACGAAUUGGCAUUGUCCAAAGCAUAUCUUCCUCCCCCGCCGCCGAAAUCCGUUCCAAGACCCCCCAACGAUCCUAAGAAAACGGAUGUGGAUCUCUAG